AUGAUGCAGUUCUACAAGGAAAGAAUUCUCAAUGCUGCACAGUUGAAACGACUUAGUGAACACAAAUAUUCGUGUACCAGUGCCAGUUUAUUGGAUCCAUGGCUUCAGCCGUGGUGGUGUUGGCUAGUUUCAAAGACACCACUGUGGCUUGCUCCGAAUCUCAUCACUAUUUUAGGUCUUAUAAUCAACAUAGUUACCACAUUAAUUUUAGUUUGGUAUAGUCCAGAUGCACGACAAGUACCUCCGCGAUGGGCGUGUGCGUUGGGAGCAUUAGGUGUAUUUAUAUAUCAGAGCCUGGACGCUAUCGAUGGCAAGCAGGCGCGUCGCACCAACAGUCAGUCACCCUUAGGAGAGCUGUUUGACCAUGGCUGCGACAGUAUAUCUACGGUGUUUAUCGCUCUAGGUGCCUGUACAGCAGUCAAGCUUGGCGAGUAUCCGACCUGGAUGUUCUUUCAGUGUUUCUGUGCAAUGACGCUCUUCUACUGUGCACAUUGGCAAGCAUAUGUGACUGGCAUUCUUAAGCUGGGUCGUGUAGACGUCACAGAGGCGCAAUAUUCCAUCAUGCUCAUUUACAUUAUCUCUGCCAUUUUCGGUGCGGACUUUUGGGCUAUGCAGUUACCGUCAAUAAACGUCAGUUUGACCGUGAUAAUGAAUUACGCCGUGAUCGUCGGGGCGGUGUACCUUAUCUUCAACUACGUUAAUGUGAUAAUGAGGGGUGGAGUUGGAAAGAACGGUUCCACCGUCGCAGGCACGAGUAUACUGUCCCCGGUGAUUCCCUUCUCUUUCGUGGUGGUUCCGGCGUUCAUCAUAUUCCAGAAGAGCGAGUCGCACGUCUACGAGAAUCAUCCCGCACUGUAUAUACUCGCUUUCGGGAUGGUCGCUGCAAAGGUCACUAAUCGACUAGUGGUGGCACAGAUGACGAAGAGCGAGAUGGACUACUAUGAUUGGUCAAUGCUGGGACCAGCGAUGCUAUUUCUCAACCAGUAUUUCAACAACGCGAUACCGGAGUACUACGUGUUGUGGCUGUGUACGAUAUGGGUGUGCGUGGACCUGGUGCGGUACUGUUCUCAAGUGUGCCUGGAGAUAUGCGACCACCUACACAUACACCUCUUCAGGAUAACGCCGUCCGUAGGCACCCCCGGCCCCGCAGGCCCCCCCACGCGCCCCCCCGCCGACCGCAACGCGAAUAGUGAAAGUGAGAAAUCAGAAGCCGAGGACAACGUGCCUUUAAUAAGCAACUCCAUUUAG